AUGCCCGGUCCGGAAAGUCACUCCCUCGCGCCGCUGGCUGCAACAGACAGUUUUGAAGUCCAACCCCCCAACUCCUCCACAACCAAGAUCACGCAGUCUGCAAAACCCUCGCCGUCUAGGUAUACCAAACCAAGCCAUGUGCAAACCAACUUUCAACCAAGCCAACCUCCAAUUACCUCCUCCGCAACCUCCGUACCUGCCUCUGCCAUAAGUACCUCGUCAGUAACAACGGCAAGCUCCCUCCAAGCCUCGCCCAUCAUGUCUCCCGAAACGACGCAGCUCUUUACGAAUAACUCUUCGAUACAAGGAUCCCCCGAAGGCCUCCGGGGCCGUGAAGCCGACUUCACACUUCCCCCUUUCGAGCUCCCGGAAUCGAUAGUGUCAAGGAAAACAAGUCAGAGUGCUAUGAGCGAGGCUAUGGGCAAGUCCCCAAACUUGAUUAGGCGGUUAUCGAACAGAGCUUCACAAUUUGCUGGCCGUAGGCGUCAAUCGUCAACCCAAGCAAUGAGUCGGGAUCAUAGUACAGGACCAGUCAUCAUGCGCCGGAGGAGUGACAGUACCAAUACAGCUCCAGAAGGAGGCAGGACAGCUCUGUUCGAUUCAGAUGAUGAGCUUAGCGGAGACAUGCGGGAAGAGGUCACGAUACCAUACAAUUAUGAGAAUAGGGAUUUCCCCAGUACCACUGCUUCCAUAGGCUCUUCAAACACCCCGAGUACCUCCAGUCCUGGCCCUGGCCCUGUCGUUCCCUCGCUACUCUUGCAGGGUACUGUCAUGACAAAAGUCACCAAGAAGAAUAGGAAGAAGCUCUUGACCCUUGUCCUCGAGAAGGAAGCUGCCAAGGUAUCAUGGGAUAAGAACCGACCUUCCAAGUCUCUAUACAUUGACGACAUCAAGGAAAUCCGAGUUGGAACCAAUGCCCGGAACUACCGCAAGGAAUUUGGCGUGUCCGAUGCCGAUGAAUCGAGAUUCUUCUCUAUUGUGUAUGCGGUUCCAGACAAGAAUAAAGGUCGUUCCCAGCAAAAGACCAUGCACCUCAUCGCUACAGACGAGGAAACCUUCGACCUGUGGACAACGACACUCGAUGCCAUCUCAAAACACCGACAAGAUCUCAUGGCGUCGCUCUCAUCGUUCCAUGACAAGGCCGUGCGCGCUUACUGGCAGAGUGAGAUGAAUCGACAAUUUCAGGACAAGCCCCAUACUGAAGACGAGGAAUUAAUCGAUUUUAUCGGUGUUGAGCGACUUUGCCGGUCCCUUCAUAUCCAUGGUUCUUCCAACUACCUCAAGUCUAAAUUCGAGCAAGCCGAUGUUUCUCGUUCGGGUCGCUUAAACUUUGUCGAGUUCCAAGACUUCGUUAAGCUCAUGAAGAGACGUGAGGACGUGAAGAAUAUCUAUGAGAAUAUCGCUUCCGACCUGAAGAAAGGCCUCACGCUCCUUGAAUUUUUCACGUUUCUCAGCGAAGUCCAGCACGAGGAUGUGAGUGAUGCAGCUUAUUGGGAGAAUGUCUUCAACAAAGUCAUCCGUCGGUCGAAGUCUAAGGAGCAAGCACUGCAAGAUGCUGCUGAUGGCGACCCUCAGCGUAUGUCCGAAGCAGCUCUCAGUAGCUACUUGAUCUCGACGUUCAAUGUGCCAUUGAAGAGUCCACCAUCGCAGUACUCUAUGGAUCGCCCUAUGAACGAGUACUAUAUCUCGAGUUCGCACAAUACCUACCUCUUGGGUCGCCAAGUCGCAGGCCAAUCGAGUGUUGAAGCAUACAUCUCCGCUUUGAACAGAGGCUGCAGAUGUGUUGAAGUCGAUUGCUGGAAUGGCAGUGAAGGUCCAGUGGUCAUGCACGGUCGUACACUCACAACUCACGUCUCCUUUGCCGACGUUAUGUCUACCAUCAGCAAGUACGCCUUUGUCAAGUCACAGUACCCACUCUGGAUAUCGCUCGAGGUUCACUGCAAUGAACAGCAACAAGCAAUGAUGGCCGAUAUUAUCAAGGAGACGUGUGGCUCCAAGCUCGUCACUCAACCAAUCGACCCUUCUGUUGAACAGCUUCCAACUCCAUCACAGUUGAUGAACCGGAUCUUGAUCAAGGUUAAGAAGCCCCGAUCAGACGUUCCUAUAUUGGCAGAGCAGAUGGGCGGACGGAACCGUGGCAAUAGUCUCAGUUCUCCAUACAUCCGACCUGUGCAACUCGAUAACGGUCCCAUUUCAGCCGGUCUCCUACCGCCGAGCGCUUACUCGCGUAAGACCAAAGCCAAUUGUCACAGCCAACUGAGAUACUCCGGUAGCGAAGGUCAAGAUAGCCUGAGUAGCAGCACCAGUGACAGCGAGAGUCUGACAGAUGAUGUCGUCCGUGCUAAGGAAAGUCGUCGGGCCAAUAAGACCAGCAACAUCAUCAAAGUACUUGGUGAACUUGGUGUCUACAGUGCUGGACUCAAGUUCCAUGGGUUUGACACCCCAGAGAGCAAGUCCUACAACCACAUCUUUUCCUUCUCCGAGAGCACGUUCGACAAGAAUGCCACCACACAAGAAGAGAAACGCAUCAUCACACGUCAUAACAUGCGCUAUAUGCUUCGAGUUUAUCCGAACGGCUGGCGAGUCGCAUCAACAAAUUUCGACCCGCUGAAAUAUUGGCGCAGGAGCGUUCAGAUGGUCGCCUUGAACUGGCAGACUUACGAUCUUGGUAUGCAAAUUAACGACGCGAUGUUUGCUGCUGGUAUCGAUCAGUCGGGCUACGUGCUCAAGCCAAGCGAGCUUCGAGAAAUCAAGAUGUUGCCAAACGUUCCAGAAGAGGCUGGCGCGGGCCAUGCCAAGAGAGAGCGGAAGAACGUCAGCUUCUCUAUCGACAUCGUCUCAGCACAGCAACUCAUGCGACCUAAAGGCCUUGCUUCCAACCGAAGUGUAGAUCCCUACAUCGAGGUGGAAGUUUAUCAUGCAGAUGACAAGACUAAAGACAACAAGGGCGUGGUCGGAGAAGGUGGACUUGAUGCUUCUGCUAAAGACGGCUCAUCCGGACUCGGUGCGCCUCACCGAAGACGGACCAAGAUCGUUCAAGAGAAUGGUUUCAAUCCCAUUUUCCAGGAAAAGUUCAAUUUCGCUCUCACAACCAAGUACCCUGACCUGGUCUUCGUUCGAUGGACUGUCAGAUGCUCCUCUGAUGGCAACACAUACAGUGACAAAGGAAGCCCGCUCGCUACUUACACUGCCAAACUCAGCAGUCUCAAAGAAGGCUAUCGCACAUUACCUCUUCACGAUAUCAACGGCGAUCAAUUCCUUUUCUCCACACUCUUCUGCCGCAUCAAAAUCGAUACUCCUACCAGUAUCUACAUUGAUAGCCCUGAAGCCUCAGCUAAGGGACUGAAGGGUCUCAGUCGUCCCUGGCACCGCAACACACCUAUGUCUCCUAAGACAUCCUUCGAGAGCGAUCAUCAAUGA